AUGGUGGAAAGUUACCCUUUUCCAAUAUACUUCAUUCUCUUAAUAAUAACCAUACCACGUUUAAUAUCCACCGUUGGAAAAACCGAGCAAUGGAAAUCCUCACUACCAACAGAGUUAUCCACAAACAACAACAUAUCUGAAAAACUCAUAUACAACCCAAAAGCCCUUGAAGAAGCUUCAACCGACUACGGCAACCUCGUACACGAAUUACCAGCAGCUGUUUUUCGUCCGACAACUGUGAACGACAUAGCAAUUCUCAUUAAGCUGUCGUUCAACAGUUCUGUCCCGUUUCGUAUAGCGGCGAGAGGACAAGGCCAUUCGACGCGUGGACAAGCCAUGGCACGUGACGGCGUCGUCGUUGACAUGAAAGGGUUAAGAGAACAAGAUCGUGCAGUGGUUAAGAAUAAUAUAAAAAUGAAAAAUAAUGUUAAUGAGGGGAUUAAGGUUUUUGGAGAUUCUAAGGUUGGAUACUAUGUUGAUGUUGGUGGGGAACAACUGUGGAUUGAUGUUUUAUAUGAAACACUUGAAUAUGGACUUGCACCUGUUUCUUGGACUGAUUAUCUUUACUUAACUGUUGGUGGAACUCUCUCUAAUGCCGGAAUUAGUGGACAAACGUUUCGUUAUGGACCUCAAAUUUCUUCUGUUCAUCACUUGGAUGUUGUUACUGGAAAAGGAGAAUUUGUAACAUGCUCUAAACAGAAGAAUUCAGAAUUAUUUCAUGGUGUCCUUGGAGGUUUAGGACAAUUUGGAAUAAUAACAAAGGCAAGAAUUGCUCUUGAGGUAGCACCAAAGAGGGUUAAAUGGAUUAGGCUUUUGUACAGUGAUUUUUCAGUUUUUACUAAAGAUCAAGAAAGUUUAAUUUUAAGGAAAAAUGGGAAAUUGGAUUAUUUAGAAGGGAUGGUAUUGAUGCAUCAAGGACCCAUAAAUAAUUGGAGAUCUUCUUUCUUCCCUUUAACCGACCAUAAGAGGAUACUUUCCCUAGUUACUCAACAUAGGGUCCUCUAUUGUUUGGAAAUUGCCAAAUACUAUGAUCACCACUCUGAAAACACCAUCAACAAGGAAAUUCAAACUUUGGUCCAAGGACUAAACUAUAUCCCUGGAUUUUACUAUCAAAAAAAUGUAUCAUUUGUUGAAUUCUUGAAUAGAGUGAGAAGUGGAGAGUUAAAGCUUCAAUCACAAGGAUUAUGGGAUGUUCCUCAUCCAUGGCUUAACAUGUUCAUACCAAGAUCAAGAAUCAUGGAUUUUAACUCAGGUGUUUUCAAGAACAUAAUUCCAAAAAGAAACAUCACCACAGGACCUGUCUUGGUUUAUCCCAUGAAUAGAAACAAGUGGGACAAUAAGAUGUCAGCAACAAUACCAGAUGAUGAGGAUGAAAUCUUUUAUGCAGUUGGAUUUUUGCACUCAAGUGGAUUUGAUAAUUGGAAAGCCUUUGAUGCACAAAACAUAGAAAUUUUGAAAUUUUGCAAAGAUGCUGAAAUUAAGUAUAAGUUAUAUCUUCCCCACUACAGCACACAGGAAGAGUGGAGAAACCAUUUUGGACCUAAAAAAUGGAAAAGUUUUGUACAAAGAAAAUAUCAGUUUGAUCCAAGAAUGAUUCUAUCACCAGGACAAAGAAUCUUUAACAAUAAUUAA